UUAUAUACAAAAACUUAUACACAAUUAAAGUUUCAUUCCCUGCAAGAGUUUUUCUUACGGUUUUGAAAGGAGCAACAUCCAACCACUGAAGUGAUUGAAGAAGAUUUUUGCAGCGCAGCAAAACAUUCACGAGCAGCUUGCAAAGCAGAAAAAAAGGAGGGAAAAAAUAACGUAAGCGGAAAAUACACGUCAUGAAUUACGUCAUUUUCACAUUUAUAUUCUAUUGGAGUUAUCUUGUACCUACAACUGAUGGAUGUGCAGAUCGCACUCCUCUUGGAAUGGCAAAUGGAUUGAUUACUGCAGAUCAAAUAUCAAACAGCUCAAUGUAUGCAGAUUAUUUACCAUCACGUGGAAGACUUUACUCCUCGAGUUCAUGGUGUGGUUCUGUUGGAAUGAUAGAUGGAAAAUCUCAUUGGUUUCAGGUUGAUUUUAAGAGCCAAACAACAAUCAAUGGAAUUGCUAUUCAAGGUGAUCCAGUUGUAGCAAGAAAUUUCAUCACAGAAUUCAGGCUAGAUUUUUCAAUUAAUGGAAUGAAGUGGAAUCCCUUUCAAAACGGCAAGAAAUUCAAAGGGAACGACGACAACUUGAACGUAGCAUACAACUGGUUCACAACAUCUAUGGUUGCUAAUCAUAUUCGUUUGUAUCCAACGGCUGCGAAUAUCGAUCUGCCGUGUCUACGAAUAGAGCUUUAUGGUUGUGUGGACAAUGAAAUUCCUUUACAGCUUGGUAUGUCAAGUGGCAUAAUUAAGAACACACAGUUAGAGAGUAAUAAUGGGAUUAAUGAAGCAGCAUCGAGAUUGUUUAAUUCUGACGAUGGAAUGCAUAGAAUAGAUUAUAAGAUUCCAAUGUAUUUACAAAUUGAUUUUCAAAAAGCAAAAACAGUCACAGGCAUAUCCAUGCAAGGUUCGUUCGAAGGGUGGACAAAAAAAUUCAUAAAAAAAUACAAUAUAAAGUAUUCAAACGAUAGUAAAACUUUUACCCUAUUAAAACAGAAUUUGGGCAACACGGAUUUAGGUGCUGAUUUUAUUCCCUUUUUGGAACCCACGACAAUGAAAUACAUCAGAAUAACAGCUAUAGACUGUUACCACAAGUGUGGUAUGAAAGUUGAGAUUUAUGGUUAUGAUCCAGUGUGUUUCCAAACUUUGACACAAAUGAAUAUAUAUAGAAGAAAUGGUUCCAUUGUACCUAAUGUUGAUAUUAACAGUCCAGGUGCAUGGUGUGCAACAGAUAAUGCUGAUUUUGUUCGUAUUACAUUCACCAAACCAAUAAUAAUCUCCGGGAUAAUUUUACAAGGAGAUUCCAACAGAGAUGACUGGGUAAAAAAGUACAAAGUACAAUACGGUGUAACAAAAUAUGAACUUAUUGAGGAUUUAGUUGGUGUACCAGCACGGAUAUCUCCAUUAUCUGUAAACUGGCUAAAUCCCUACAUCGUGACAAAUUUUCUACACAUUGUUCCAACAUUAUGUAACAAUGGCAGAUGCUGUUUAAGAUUUCGAUUGAAAGGAUGUCAAUUUGUUUUAGAAGAGCCACACACAAUACAUGGAAGCAUAUCUUCUUCAACAAUCACAUUUACAUGGAAAGCACCAAAAUCGCAUCCUCUUCCAGUGGACAAAUAUCAUAUUAGAAUUUCAGCGUCAAAGGAGUAUGAAAAUAAACACAAGUUCUCCUUCUCAACAAUCAACACUAUUACAACACAUUUAAGUUAUAAUGUUUCAGACAUCAACUUCUCAGCAGCUCGUAUUCAAGUUAAUAUUACGGCAGAUAUUCAAGGAGUAAAAAAAUCUGCUAAACCAUACGAUUUUUAUGUCCAACCAAAAGAUCCACCAUCACCUGGAUUAACUGAAAUUUUUACUUCUAAUGAAACCCACAAUGCAACAAUUGUCACGUUGACCACUUCGUCGGAUCGAAACGGACCAAUCAGCUAUUAUGAGAUUGUGAUAUCAACAACUCGAAAGACUAACCUACCAAACCAACUAACUAAUCAAACUGAAUCUGAAUCAAAGAAUCUAGAUUAUUUUCGUGCUGCCCUAAUUAAGGCUGAUGAUUUGCCAACAGACGGUAUUAAAUAUUCUUUCGUAGAGGGUCAAGAAAAUAUUACCGGUUUAAAUGCAAGAAUAUCAGUUGUUGGAGAAUAUUAUCUGUAUGCUCGGGCUGUUAUAGAUGGAAAUGACAUUACAAAGUACGGUUUCAAGAAAAUGAAUUAUUUUUCACACUUAUCUCACGAAAUCAUGAUAGAGCGCAAUGCCCUUAGCGUAUUUAUACCAAGAAUCUUGAAUGAUAAUACUCCAUCUGUUAGACUGGUGAAAGGUCCAUCAAAUAUAAAGUAUCAUUUUAUUAUAAUCAUGAAAGUGAACAAGACAACUUUACAAGAAAAAGAGCCAACGUUAUAUAAACAAGAGGAAUUGGAGACAUAUGACACUGCUGAUUACAACGAACCUUACAUAGCUGGUGUAUUUAACAAAGCACAGUUGCUCAAUGUUGAUGAGUUUAAAUUAGGUGAUAAUGUAACCUACUCGAUGCCAUCCAGCACUGUUCGCAAAAGAAGAUCAGUACUGGCGUACAGAAACGGACCUUUAACUGAGGGUGAAACAUAUGUUGUAUUUCAAAGACUUCGAGUGCAGGACGAACUGUAUUCGACUUCGUGGUCUAAUCAAUUUUAUGUUCCGAAGAUUGACAUAAAAGUAACUCCUAGACCUGUAGGCCCAACACCAUCACCAACAUCGUCUAGUAUUGGAUUAAUAGCAGGUGCUGCAGCUGCUGGUGUCGCUGUCAUCCUUGUUAUUAUCAUUGUCAUCUUCUACAUAAAAAGAAGACGCAGAACCCUAAAGAAGUCAAGUGACAGACGCGAUUCCUCAACUUCUAUUGAGCUGAAAGGUCGCGGUGAAUUGAAAACACAUGAAAAUAUUAUUGAAGACGAUGAAGCAGGUCCAUCUGACGAAUCUUACUACAAUGUUGCAGCAAAACCUACUAGUCCACCUCUUUCCAUUCAACAAUUUCUAUUAUUUUAUUUGGAACAUAAAGAUAACGUUGGUUCCGACAUUGUAAAGCAAUUUAAAAGUGUUCCAUUGGAGCAUUUGCAUGAACAUGAAGUUGGAUUAAAACCUGAAAAUGCAGAAAAAAAUCGGUACUUGAACAUCACCGCGUACGAUCAUACUCGCGUUGUCUUGCAGAAAAUUACUGGAAAAGAGACUAGUGAUUACAUUAAUGCAAAUUAUAUUCAAAACUAUUCUGGACAAGUUGAAUAUAUAGCUGCGCAAGGACCAAAGAAAGGUACAACUUUUGAUUUUUGGCGAAUGGUACUUGGUGAAAAACCGGCAGCUAUUGUCAUGCUUGCAAAUAUAGUGGAGGAUGGUAGACCAAAAUGUGCACAGUAUUGGCCAAUGGAUAAUGGAAAGGAAGUUUAUAAUGGUAUUGAGGUGGAAGUGACUGAGGUACAAGUAUAUGCCGACUAUGUAAUUCGUAAAAUUAAAGUUGGGUACGAAAGUAACAAACACCAGCUUAUACAUAUGCACUUCACCUCAUGGCCUGACCACGGUUGUCCAGAAUACCCCACAUUGCUGCUAAAUUUCUGCUACCGAGUGAGACAGCUUAUCCCAUAUGAAAGCCGAAAGCAAAUUCUUGUGCAUUGUAGUGCUGGUGUUGGUAGAACUGGAACAUACAUCAUCAUUGACGCGAUGCUGCACUUGGUCAGAACAAAAAAGUGUGUUGAUAUAUACAACUACUUUGAAAGUAUUCGACAAGAUCGCGUCCAAAUGGUCCAAAGAGUUGAACAGUACACAUUUGUCUAUAGCGCGAUUUAUGAAGCAUUAUGCUGUGGUUACACUGAAAUAAUGUCGUCCGCCUUUUCCGACACUUUCCAACAUCUCAUAUCAACAAAAGAGGCAGGAAAACUUCUUGUGGAAUUGGAAUUUGAGCGGUUGAACAGCGUUAAUUUCCCUUUUGGGGAACAUCAUUAUGUGGCUGCGCUAUUAGAAGAAAAUACAGUUAAAAACAGAUACCCCAACAUCCUAGCACGUGACUUAUCCCGGGUAUACCUGCCACACAAAAAAAAUUCUACAGAUUAUAUUAACGCUGUGUUUGUAAAUGGUUACAAAAAGAAGAAUGGUAUCAUUGCUACGCAAGCACCAUUAGUUGAAACGUUAAAUGAUUUUUGGGUUGUUGUAAUGGAACACAACGUGACAACAAUUGUAAUGUUAAAUAGCACUGAUGAGAAUUAUCAUAACUAUCCAUCUUUUUGUCCAGUCGAGGGAUCGGAAAAGUUUGGUAAUGUCACAGUGAAUGUUGAAUCAAAUACUCGAGUUGACGAAAUCAACACGCAAUGCUUUGUCGUCUCACAAAACUCGAAACAUCACAAAGUUAAUAAGCUGCAAUUAAAUUGGCCAAACCAUGAUGUUCCAGAUUGUAGUUUAUUGCUCACUUUAAUUAGUGAAGUCUUAAAAUCGCAACAGGGCUGUGGUGAUGGUACUAUAUUGGUUACCUGCAGCGAUGGUGCAAAUCGUAGUGGAACUUUCAUAGCGUGUAUGAAUGCAUUGGAUCAACUGAAAGUUGAACAACAUGUUGAUGUUUUUCAAACUGUACGGAGAAUGAGAUUAGCAAGGCCUGAGUUUGUUGAAAACAUGCGACAGUACCAGUUCAUUUACAGCGUGUUGAAUAGGUAUUUGGAUUCGUUCGCAACAUACUCCAACUUUAAUUAAUUCUUAGGAAAAACAGAAGAAGACCAAUUAAUUAAUUUGUUAACAUUCAAAGGGACCCUUGUUUUAAGCCAAGGAGGUAAUUUGAAAGUUUUAAAGCAAUAACAUCUAUUUGAUCAAACGGUCAGCCAUACGACAAACUGUUUUGCAAAAGAACAUGUGCGGUUGGAAUAAGCGCUUCUUUUUAUGGUAGAAUAUUAGUGUAUUUUGAUUAGUAUUUUUUAUAGUUGCAAUUAUUUCUCAUUAUUUAAAAAUAUUUUUAAGAUUUUCGUUAAUUUACGAAGGAUGAUGGAACAUGAUGUUGUUUAUUUGUUUCACAAAAUCGUAAUUCAGAAUAAUAUUUAAACAUCCUCAGUUCCAUCGUUUGCGGUUAUUCUAGGCUUUUUCUUGUAUAUAUCCAUAUGAUGCAUUGUUUUUCUCGACUAUUACAAGAUGUGGAUUUGUAUUGCGUUUUCAAGGUAAAACCGUUUUGUUGUUUUCAUGUUCUUUUAUUUUGUUCAUACUGUUUAAUUAAAAAUUCGUUGGGCGAUUAGCUGAUAGUUUGGUUUUAUAUUUUCUUUUUUAUUGAUUUUUUGUUAGCAAGAACAUUUUACACAUUUUACACAUUUUAGUAUUUUUUUACACUCAUAAUUAGUUCGUAUUGUAAACAGUAUAUUACAAAUAAGUACUUAUAAUUUGUUGGUAAAAUUUGAUGUAACGGCUUUUUUUAGGGUAAAUAAAAUCUUGUCAGAAAAGUUGCAAAAAAAAUAGAAUAAAUCAUUCCAAUUUU